AUGGAGGAAAUUCGCCACCUGCAGGGCGGUGUGGUAACCCAGCUGUGCCUUGACUAUGGCAUGAUAGACGAUGCAGUCUACUUUACAAGUGGAGAGGUGUUGGGCGGGAUGCAACUGAAAGAAGGCGACCAGGUGAACUGCAUAGCGGUACGAGAUGGUGCCCAAGGCGGAUGGAAAGCUGUAAGGGUAGAGAAGAGUGCAGAUGCUUGGGAGGAUGGAGGAGGAACCUCCACAGAAGAUGAAAGUAUGCAGCUGCACCCUCUCAUUGGUACAGUCACAUCAUUUGAUGGAGAUGGUGGCUACAUAAACCAGACCACAUACUUCACACGCGACAGUCUCUGGGAAGGUUACGAGCCAAUGAAAGGAGACUGGGUCCAGGCACAGUAUUUUGUCAAUCGUACCCAAUGGACCACCCAGGCUCAUUCUGUGGUCCCGUUACGCUUUUGCCGCCUAGACCAGGUGCAUGUGACCAGCUUGUGUGGUAACAGUGGAGUGGUGGAGGACAGUGUGUUCUUUAGCCUGGACUCUCUACUGCUGCCUGCUCACUACCAGCCUCUGCCAGGGCAUCUGGUCAACCUGGUCAUGGUGGAGAGCAGUCAAUCCCUCUACUGUUGGAGGGCCCUGUGUAUGGCACCCUGCCAUCAGAGGAACCUGGGAAGCUGUGCUGAGCUGCUGUUGCUGCACUUCUCCUCUUUCACCAUUGGGAGGUGCCUGGAGGUCACUGUGGGCAGUGAAGAGGAGAACCUGCUGAAGCCCACCAAGCCCUACAGUCCCAGUGAUGUGUACCUGGUCUCAACAGUGCCUACUCAUGUGAUCACUGUUUCUGCUCCAAGAGACACACCAAGGCUUACUAAACGACGGUUGCCAAACUUCGUACCUAAAUACCCAGUGCCCCAGGCUCUGAGAGACUGUGUGGAGGCACAGAGCGACGUGCUGAUAGUUCAGCCCCACCUCGGAGAGGUGCUGUCACCAUUCAACAUGCAUUCACGUUUCUCAGCCCUUCUGUGGCUGGAAGAGCUGCAAGAGGAGAGGGAACUGAGAGAAUUCACAAUCAUCGGGGCCCUUCUCAAGAAAGGAGCAGCCUACCUACACCUAGAGAUUCUUGGGUUGGCUGAAGGCAGACCCUCUGUCCACAUAGGUGACAGAAUAGUAUUGAGGAAACCACACAGUGACGGCAUGGUAAUGGAGUACGUUAGUUAUGUCACAGAGAUCAAUGAUGAGGUUGUGAGUUUGAAAGUGAACUCAGAGUUUCAGCACAACUACCUCGGAGAGCCACUUGAUGUGGAGUUCUCUUACAACAGAUUGACAAUGAGACGGUGUCACAACGCACUUGACCAGACAAAAGAGUUUGGGGAAAUUCUCUUUCCCUCUAGAGUGACUCAUAAGACACCUCGGUGGACAGAAGAGUGGCUAGAGGAGACAGACCAAAAGAAAACAAUGGAGGACAAUGAGGUGAAUGAAAGACAAAUUCAAGACAUUAAUGUGUCAAACAUUUCUGUUGACAUGAAGUCAAAGGCCACACAGACUAAAGAUGGUAGUCUGCCAUCCAAACCCGUCCUCUGCAAAGGGCAAUUCUUCAACCCAGACCUGAAUCCCCCUCAGAGAGAGGCAGUGAAGAGGAUCCUGGCAGCAGAGUGUCGGCCCACUCCUUAUGUGCUGUUUGGACCUCCAGGCACUGGAAAGACCAUCACCCUCGUAGAGGCCAUACUACAGGUUUACCACUUUCUGCCUGGUAGUCGGAUACUCGUAUGUGCUCCUUCCAACAGUGCUGCUGAUCUCAUCUGCAUCCGGCUGCAUCACAGUGGCUUCCUGCAUGCUGCAAGUUUGGCCCGUGUCAAUGCAUCCUGUAGGCAUGACGAGUCCAUUCCAGAAGUGCUGAGACUGUACUCGAGAGCAGGAGAGGAUAUCCGUCAUGCCUCUUUUCACAGGAUUGUGGUCAGCACCUGCUCCAGCGCUGGCAUGUUCCAUAAUAUAGGAAUACAAGUGGGACAUUUUACCCAUGUUUUUCUGGAUGAAGCCGGCCAGGCUACAGAACCAGAGUCCCUGAUCCCCAUAAGCCUUGUAUCAGAGAGAGAUGGACAGAUAGUGUUGGCUGGAGACCCCCGUCAGUUAGGCCCACUAGUGAAGUCCAAGCUGGCCGCUGCCUUUGGCCUGGGAGUGUCUUUGUUGGAGAGGCUGAUGGCCAACCCACUGUACUCCAGACAGGACCAGGGAUACAACCCUAAGCUGGUGACUAAGCUGAUCUACAACUAUCGAUCUCAUGAGGCCUUGCUCAUGCUGCCCUCCAAGCUCUUCUACCAAGAUGAACUGCGUUUUAAAGCUGCCAGGGCCAUAGUAGACUCUCUCUGCCAGUGGAAAACCCUGCCCAAAAAAGGCUUCCCACUCAUCUUCCAUGGAGUUAGGGGCACAGAAAUGAGGGAAGGUAACAACCCAUCAUGGUUCAACCCAGUGGAAGCUAUACAGGUCAUGCUCUACUGCUGCCAGCUGGCCAAGAAGCUCUACAACCCUGUGGAUGCCUCUGACAUUGGCAUCAUUGCUCCCUACAAGAAGCAAUGUGAGAAGAUUCGAGUGCUGCUGGGUAAGGUGGGCCUGUCUGACAUCAAAGUGGGCUCUGUGGAGGAGUUCCAAGGACAAGAGUUCUUGGUCAUCAUUGUUUCUACGGUGCGCUCUAAUGAAUCAACAACGAGCGAUGAUUUGCAGAGUGCACUCGGCUUUCUGGCCAAUCCCAAACGCUUCAAUGUGGCCAUCACGCGUCCCAAAGCCCUCCUCAUAAUUGUUGGAAACCCCCACAUUCUCAUUAGGGAGCCAUGCUUCAGGGCUCUACUGCAGUACUGUUUCAUCAAUGGGGCAUAUCUGGGUUGUGACCCCCCUCCCUCUCUAAGAGACUCUCAGACGUAUGUAAACUGA